AUGCUCUCAUGGCGGAAACGCUACAAGAACUCCAAUGCUGACAUGCCAUUUAUCUCACGCUAUGCUCGCACGCUUCAGGUAUGCAUGGUGGGAGCAGCGCGCACGCCCAUAAGAAACUUCAUGGAGGUGUGCAUAGUAGGAGCAGCGCGCACGCCCAUGGGAAGCUUCAUGGGUUCGCUCUCCUCACUCUCCGCCACCCAGCUUGGCGCCAUCGCCAUCAGAGAGGCUGUGGGGAGGUCGGGCCUGGGGCCGGCGGAUGUGGAGGAGGUGUAUAUGGGCAACGUGUUGAGUGCGGACCUGGGGCAGGCGCCAGCCAGACAGGCGGCACUUGGGGCGGGUCUGCCUGACUCCGUGGUGGCAACCACCGUCAACAAAGUCUGUGCCUCCGGCAUGAAAGCCAUAUGCCUGGCGGCGCAGGCCAUCAUGCUGGGGCUGGCAGACGUGGUGGUGGCUGGUGGCAUGGAGAGCAUGAGCAACGCGCCUUACUACCUCAACAAGGCCAGGAGUGGGUACCGGUUUGGGCACGGGGAGAUGGUGGAUGGGGUGCAGAGGGACGGCCUCAGCGACGCGUAUUCAGAGGACCCCAUGGGGUGCUUUGCAGAGCAGUGCGCGGAGGAGCAGGGCAUUGGGCGGGAGCAGCAGGACGAGCAUGCCACUGCCACACAUGAGAGGGCCGCUGCUGCCCAUGCUGACGGCGCUUUCGACUGGGAGAUCGUGCCUGUGGAGGUGAAGGCGUCAAAGGGAAAGCAAACGAUUCUUGUGGAAAGGGAUGAACCGUGCGCCAAGUUUGACGCCAACAAGCUUCGCCUGCUGCGCCCAUGCUUCAAGGAGAACGGCACCGUCACAGCUGGCAACGCCUCAGCCAUCAGUGACGGGGCAGCAGCAGUGGUUCUAGCGAGCCGGCAGGCAGCCAAGCAGCACGGGCUGAACGUGCUGGCAGUGCUGCGGGGCUUUGGGGAUGCGGAGCAAGCACCCAGUCGCUUCACCACAGCGCCCGCCCUCGCCGUGCCCGUGGCUCUUAAGCAUGCGGGGGUGGAGCAGGACGAGGUGGAUUACUGGGAGAUCAAUGAAGCUUUUUCGGUGGUGGCUCUGACGAAUCAGAAGCUUCUCGAUAUUCCUGAGGGGCGUCUGAACAUGUAUGGAGGGGCGGUGGCGCUGGCGCAUCCCCUCCUCAUCGCACUCCACCGCACUUCACCCUUUUCACCCAUCCCCCACCCCCGCCCACCAGGCGGUGGCUCUGGCGAACCAGAAGCUGCUGGGUAUUCCCGAGGGACGUCUGAACAUGCAUGGAGGGGCGGUCCGUUCCUCACCGCACUCCACCUCACGUCACCCUUCCCAUUCACCCCCCACCCGCUGCCACUCCAGGUGGUGGCUCUGGCGAAUCAGAAGCUGCUGGGUAUUCCCGAGGGGCGGCUGAACGUGGUGGCUCUGGCGAAUCAGAAGCUGCUGGGUAUUCCCGAGGGGCGACUGAACGUGCAUGGGGGGGCGGUGGCGCUGGGGCAUCCCCUGGGGAGCAGUGGGGCUCGCAUUGUCGUCACGCUGCUGGGCGUGCUCAGGAAGCACGAGGGGCGCCUGGGAGUGGCUGCUGUGUGCAACGGUGGAGGCGGUGCUUCCGCCGUGGUUGUCCAAGCCGAAUCAUUGGGCUCGUCCACAUGCCAUGCUCACUUGUAA